AUGCUGGAAAAACCUGCAUCUCAGCGGGCCUUUCCCGAUGCAUUGAAUAGCUGUGCGGUGCCCAUCUACACCACUGCUGCAUUUGCAUUCAAUAAUGUUGAGCAUGGAGUGCGUCUCUUGAAUAUCAGAGAACUCGGCAUCUACAGCCGGAUAACCAAUCCUACUGUGAGCCUGUUCCAGAACCGUAUGGCGGCACUGGAAGGGGGAGUGGCCGCAUGUGCAGUUGCAUCGGGAACGGCCGCUGUCUCGAUGACCUUGAUGGCAUUGGCUGGUGUCGGAGACAACAUCGUCCUCGCGCCGCAAUUGGGAAUUGAAUGUCGUUUUGUCCCUUCAAAUGAUCCAGAAGACUUCCGAGCUUUGAUUGAUGAAAAGAUCAAGUUCCUUUUCGUGGAGAGUAUUAGCAAUCCGAAGUAUACUGUCCCCGAUUUUGAAGCCCUAGCGGAGAUUGCUCAUGCCAAUGGCAUUCCAUUGAUUUGCGAUAAUACAUUCGGUUGUGCUGGCUACUACUGUCGACCGAUCGACUACGGAGUCGAUAUUGCCCUGCACUCCGCCACGAAAUGGAUCGGAGGCCAUGGAACCACCCUGGGAGGCGUCAUUGUCGACGCCGGGACCUUUGACUGGGGCUCUCAUGCUGACAAGUUCCCUCAGUUCCAUGCCAACAGCGCUGACGAUGGCAGUGGCGAGGUCAGUUUGUGGAACAUGUUUGGCUCUCGCGCCUUCGCCAUGCGCUGCCAAUUUGAGGUCCUCCGAGACAUCGGCAGUACUAUGAGUCCCCAAGCGGCUCAGCAACUUAUUAUUGGGCUGGAGUCUCUGGCCGUUCGAUGUGACCGUCAUGCCAGCAACAUCGAGGCACUAGCGGUGUGGCUCGCGCAACAGCCACAAGUCGCUUGGGUUCGGUAUCUGGGUAACGAAGACCACCCGUGUCAUCAGCAUGCCAAAAAAUAUCUGCAACGGGGAUAUGGUGCAGUCUUUUCGUUUGGCAUCAAGGGUGGCAAAGCAGCAGGAUUCAGGCUAUGUGAUGAGCUUCAGAUGAUCAUCAACACUACCAAGGAUACCCUAGUUGUGCACCCCUGGACCACGACUCACCAGCAGCUCACGGAUUCAGAGAGAUUCGACGCGGGCGUCACGGAAGACCACAUGCGUCUGUCAGUCGGGAUCGAGCAUAUUGAGGAUAUCAAAGAUGAUUUCCGGCGCGUUUUUCAACGUAUGAAUUCGUCCAGACUCUCCAUAGCUAAUGUUCGGGAGAAUUUGGUCCAUCAACAAGAGCAAAAGCGCAUAAUUCAGGCCUUGUUCGGGUUACCGGAGCCCCUGCCGCUGUCUCAGUCCGCCGUUUGA